AUCAUUUCAUGGACGUACGACAAACUGCCAGCAACAGGAGAAAAAUAUCAUAGGCAGGACAGAAUUGGGUCUCCCGGAAGAAAUAACAAAGGAAUUUCAGUUAUGCUCUACGGGGCCAGAACACCCACCAUGCCUCAGGGACCGCCACAAGUCGCUCAAGCCGUGCCCCAAGAAGCAUCACAACCUCAGUUAGUUCGUCGCCAGCCAGAUAUCAAUGCAUACUCGGCUUCAUGGAAUCGCCCCCUCAAGCAAUUCAGUCUCUUCUUCCUCGGUGCCGCCUUUACCGCGGCUUCAAUAGGCGUGUCUCGCCGCUCAGUGGUCCGUCGCCAGCGCGAUUCUUUCCCCAAAUUCUACUCGUCCAACACCGUGGGUCCCCAAGAGGGCGCCAAUUCUGAGGGCGCUGUGCUGGGCGCCCACGCUUUAGGGCUGGCAACGCUCAACGUAUCCAGUUUUGCGGUGAUGCUUAUAGGGGGUCUGUCAUGGGCGUUUGAUUUGAGCUCUGUGGAAGAGUUGCGAACCAAGACGAGAGCUGCGCUGCAGAGACCAGGUGGGGAGGUUAGUCCGGAGGAUGAGAAGGAGUUUGAGCAGAUGAUGGACAACUUGAUGGCCAAGUUGGGAAUGGACAAGGCCUCAGUACAGGGUGCAGGCGAAGGAGACAAUAAAGGCGAAGACGAGAAGUGAAGAUCCGGUCUCUCUUCAACAUUCAACCUCUAUUUUCCUUCUGCCAUGACAUUAUCGAAGCAGGGUACUGCGCCUCCUUUGUUUCAACGGGGAAAACUUUUUGUUUUUGCUUGAUGGCAGCAUUUGAUACUUGGAAGAGACACGGCACGGCUUGCCGGAUUGGCGAUUUGAAACUCUGGAUAUCGACGAUGCGGCAUUUGAUAUCCACAUGUAUAAUUACAACCUCACACGACUUUAUUUUUGACGAUGAUAUGGGCUGCACUGUAGAGUGCUUUGCAUUACUUGUACAAUAUCGGGGCAUUUAUGGGGAAAUUAUAUCAUCAAUGCCAUCUUGUUGGCUACUUAUCUUGAAUUGUUACCAGAACUGAAUAGCAAUCGCAAUUUUU